GCUUCCUGGAGUGGGCCGGACUUGGCUCAGUCCCGGCCACAGGCGCCUUUUUUUUUUACGACACUUGCCGCCAAGCGCGGAAGCCGGGCCAGGCGGGCCGCCGGGAGCGGUGAAAAAAAAAAUAUGUACGGGGGCGCCGAGGAGGAAGAUGCCGACUUCGUGUCUCCGACGGGGGGGGCCAGGCUGGCCUCUCUCUUCGGCAUGGACCAGACAUCCUCUGGAACUGGGAACGAAUUUUUCCAGUAUACAGCACCCAAGCAGCCUAAGAAAAAUCUACCGGCCGCAGGUGCUGGCCCUCCCACGCAGAAGCCUCCACCACCUGCGGGAGCACCCUCCGUCUUCGUAGCCACCGCCGUUCACGCCUAUCGGUUCACAAAUGGGACCUACGUGAAACAAGGCAAAUAUGGAGCAGCUGUAGUGGGAUGCCACACCACCCAGGAGUACAGGAUCUUGCUUUAUAUCAACCAGCAGCAACAGAUCACCAGUGCAAGAAUCCACCCAGGCUUUGUAUUCACGAUCCAACCCAACAACUAUGGGACAUUUUACGAUGAUCAGAGGCAAAACUGGUCCCUCAUGUUUGAAUCUGAGAAAGCGGCAGUGGAGUUCAGCAAGCAGCUCUGCCUCGCCAAGUAUAACAGCAGCCCUUCCCCUGAGUCGGUGGCGUGCCAGGACCUCAUCCUUGGAGACGGCCCGGCUGUGGAAGUGGGCGACGCGCUCGAAGUUGCCUUCACCGGCUGGCUCUUCCAGAACUCUGCCCUGGGGCAGGUGUUCGACUCCAACGUGAACAAAGAGAAACUCCUCCGCCUGAAGCUGGGCUCCGGCAAAAUCAUCAAGGGCUGGGAAGAAGGGAUGCUCGGUUUGAAGAAAGGAAGCAAGCGUUUCCUGGUUAUCCCUCCAGCCCUGGCUUAUGGGUCUCAGGGAGUGGCGAAUCGGGUACCUCCAGACUCCACGCUGGCCUUCGAGGUAGAAGUCAAGAGGGUCAGAUUGGCCAAGGAGGCUGCUUCAAAUGAGCAACAUGGGCCCCCCAGGGACUCUCUUGCGCCCUCUCCAGGACCAAACACCGAACACCUCAGCGCCGACCCUGCAGGGUUGCCUCCUGGCACGCUACCCCCAAAGCCUGGGGAGCCAGCUGUGCGGGCCAAAUCCAACUCUCUCAGUGAACAACUCGCGAACCCCGACAUGGCAAAAGCGAAGCUGAUUUCACGAAUGGCGAAGAUGGGCCAACCUAUGCUGCCUUUCCUUUCCGGUUCGGCUCCGGCCCAGCUGGACUCAAGUGAUUCGGAGAUCGAGGACCCCAACACUUUGCGAGAAGCUGCUCAUCCCGUCACAUCUUCUCCUCUGAAACCAUCCUCCCCAGCCGCUCUUCCUCAGAUAACAGCCCAAGGGCCCCAGGUAUCUGCUCCUGGACUCCAGGUGUCCUCGGCUGCUGUGAUGCCUACAGCCUUGCAUCCUCACCCAGCUCUUCCUGGGUCUUCUCAGAGCCUUCAGGCGUACACAGGGAUGAACUACGCCUACCCACAAGGCCCUGCGGCAGCUUCCCAGCUUCAACCUAUGGGGCCUAUCUUUCCUGCUCCUUUCCAAGCAGCCGGUGAUAUUGGUUCUUUCUUAAUGACGGAAGCGAGGCAACAGAACACCGAAAUCCGCCUUUCUGUGGGCAAAGUGGCUGACAAAAUAGACCAGCUAGCUGCUAAGAUGGAGGAGCUGCAGAAACAGAAUUCUACCCAAAGCUUGUUACCAGGUAUUUCCUCUGUUACAAUGGAGACAACCAUGAUUAUGGCCAACAUCCAGCGUAUAAUCCAGGAAAACGAGAGGCUGAAGCAAGAGGUUUUUGAGAAGAGCAGUCGCAUUGAGGAACAGAACGAGAAGAUCAGUGGACUGAUUCAGCGAAAUCAGAGAUACGUCGAGCAAAGCAAUCUGCUGAUGGAGCAAAGGAACAAUUCUCUGCAAAUGAACACCGAACAUUCUCAAGCCAGAGUGUUACACGCCGAGCAAGAAAAGUACCUGAUGCCACUGGAUCAGGGGUGGUGGGACCAGGUCAAGGUUGCCGAGGAACUGGCAGCGGCUACAGCUCAGAUCUCCCGGCUUCAACUGGAGCUGACCAGCCACCAGAAGAAGGAGAUGGACCUUCGCUCCCAACUGAAUGCUGCCUUGAAGGAAGCCGAGAGGCACGCUGCCCAGCUUAACCAGUUGCAGGCCCAGCUGGCAGAACUCCAGGAGUCGUCUGAAAAGGCCAAGAAUAAAUUCCAGGUGGAGAAGCAGAGCCGCAAGCAGCUGGAUGGGAAGCUGGCUGCCCUGGAGGAAGAGUUGGCUGACCUCCGGGUGGAGAAAGAGAACCUGGAGAAAAACCUUUCUGAAAGAAAGAAGAAAUCUCUCCUUGAGAGAAAACAGGCCGAAGAAGAGGCGGAUGAGAUUCGCAAGUCUUACCAGGAAGAGAUGGACCAGCUCCGUCUGCUUCUGAAAAAGUCACGGGCAUCGACCAACAACGUUGCUUCAGAGCAGCUUUCCCUUCUGCAGACUGAGCUGGAGUCCCAGUGGGAAGCCAGGUGCGAGCGCCUGCUGAGCUCAGCCAAGGAGCAACAUGCCCGCCAGUUCCAGGAAGUGUGUGAGCAACGGGAUGCCCAGCAGCAGAUGAUCUCCCAGCUGGAAGAGAAGAUUUCUCAGCUCAAGGCCAGCAGGAUCUCAGAGGUCCAAAACUCCACCCAAUCGCAGGAACAAAUAGAAGAACUGGAGGCCGUUAAAAGGAAGUGUGCAGCCUUGCAGUCCCAACUGGGAGAUCUCACCGCCCAUUACGAAGGCCGGAUCCAAGAGCUGACGAAGAGCAUCCAUAGGACCUCACCGACAACUUCAGGCGAAGAGGUGAAAAAGAUCAUGAAUGGAGUCUUCCACUCCCUCCGAGGUCAAUUUGAGUUUGAGGAGUCCUACACUGGAAGGAUCGUUCUGGGUGUGGUCAUGAGCACUAUCAAGACGAUAACUCUGCAGCUGCUGGAAAGGUCUGAAGAGCGCAGUCACGAAGAGCAGGGACCGCAGCAGAGAGGCAGCCCGGUGGUCCGAGAUCAGCCAGCCAGUCCUGAUGAGACGCCAGCAGUGGCAUCUCCUGUACCCUCAGACCACGUAGAAGAAGACCCCAACAGUUCUGUACUCUCUUCAGAAGGAAGCCAAAGCAAGCCGGAACAGGAGGCCCAGCAUCCGGGCACCCCUGCUGAGUUGACCCCGGCACCCUCCAAUCCAGUCCCCAAAUCUCCAGAGGUGGAGAAGAAGGAGGAGGUUGUGUCUUCUGGACCAACGGAACCUCCUGCUUUAGAGGUUGGUGGUGCUGAAGAGGACACAGCCACAGAUCCUGUUCCCUUGAAGCCAGCCGUUGAGGAAGCUGUGCCUACACUGGAGCCAGAAAGAGAAGAGGACACUUGCCCAGAUGUUCCUGACCGGGAUCCAACCUCCUUGAGCCUUCCAUCCGGUGCAACCGAGGAGAAAGUCCAAGCUAGGGAGAUGCCACCACCAGCAUCCACCCCUCCAAAAGAGGAUUCCAGCACUCCUGAGGAUGAAGCCAAUUUGUUCAAAGCAACCAACUGUAAGCUGCCUUCAUCAGCAGGUCCAUUGGAAGAGGAAGAGGAUGAUGAAGAACUGAGCUUUAAGGGGCGUCCUCCCCCGACCCCGCUCUUCGCUGAUGACGAAGACGACGAUGACCUGGACUGGCUGGGAUGAGCCACGGAGGGAAGUUUGGAAGUAGAAGUAUUUUUGCCUGGUCGUUUUGCACAGAGGGGGUGAUGGAGCCUUGAGAACUGGGAUUGUCCCUCGCACACCUGGGGGGCCUUUGGAUACCAGCGGUUUCUCUCCCUGCACUGAAG